UAGUUUUUCCCGCAGUUUAGCGUCCACCGAUUCAGAAAAAUUUUGAUACGUUUUUUCUACACAUUUAGAUCAAUUAAACAAUAUUCUGUUCAUGUGAUUACUUCUCAAGUGAAUGUUUUAUGAACUGAUUAUGUUAUUUCGGUGAUUGUUUGUUUAUAGUUGACUAUUGUAGUGAUUUUUGUAAACAUCGGGAACACAGGCCCCACGUCUAUGACUUCUUAUUGGCAGCAUGGCGGAAAUAGUGUACCCGCAAGGCUGCCGCCCAAUUACCGAUGACCUAGGCCCAGAUGAGCUCGUCCGAAGACUAAAGGCGCUCGCGCACACCCUGCAAGGCCUCGGGCAGGAUGAGGGCAUGUACCAGCAGUACAUACCGUUGGCGCUGCACCUCGCCGACGAGUUCUUCCUCACGCACCCGUCGCGCGACGUGCAGCUGCUGAUCGCCUGCUGUAUAGCGGACGUGCUGCGCGUGUACGCGCCCGAAGCGCCGUACAAGGAUCAGGAGCAGGUGAAAACUAUAUUCCUCUUCCUGAUCAACCAAUUGCAAGGCCUCCGCGACCCCAAGGAUCCGGCGUUCAAGAGAUACUUCUAUCUGCUGGAAAACCUGGCGUACGUCAAGUCGUUCAACAUGUGCUUCGAGUUGGAGGACUGUCAGGAGAUAUUCUGCGCUUUGUUUGCGCUCAUGUUCAAAAUCGUCAAUUCGGAACAUUCGACGAAAGUGAAAUCCUUCAUGCUGGACGUGCUCUGCCCGCUGAUAACGGAGUCGGACGUGGUCUCCAACGAGCUGCUGAACGUUAUUCUCAUCAACCUCGUGGAGCCAAACAAAAGGGAGCACAAGCACGCGUACGCCCUGGCCAAGGAGCUCAUUGUGAAGACCUGUGACACAUUGGAGCCGUACAUACAAGCGUUCUUCAACCACGUCCUAAUUCUCGGCAAAGAAGAAAAGAGUCUCUCAAUAUUUUCCAAAGUAUACGAAUUAAUCUAUGAAUUGAACCAAUGUUGUCCAUCUGUUCUGCUGUCGGUACUUCCGCAGCUCGAAUGCAAACUGAAAUCCGCACAGUUCCAAGAGAGGCUAAGUGCGGUCGCGUUAUUAGCUAGAAUGUUUUCGGAACCAAUGUCGGAGCUUGCCAAGCAAUAUCCGGCUUUGUGGCGGGCGUUUUUAGGGAGAUUCAAUGACAUUUCAGUACCGAUACGAAUCAAGUGCGUCCAAUAUUGCAUGCACUUUCUGGUCCAUCACCCGGAUUUGAGGAAGGACAUUACUGAGACGCUCAAGAUGAGGCAACACGACGCCCACGAACAGGUCCGAUACGAAGUUGUCAUGGCCAUAAUUGCAACGGCACAGAGGGACUUUCAAGCGGUCGCCGAAUCUGAGGAUUUACUCCAUUUCGUGAGAGAGAGAACGCUGGACAAGAAGUUCAAGAUAAGGAAAGAAGCCAUGUCCGGUCUGGCGAUGAUUUACAAGAAAUUCUUGACAGAAGAAAGCGUCCCGCCCGCUACGGAAAAGGCAGCGCAGUGGAUCAAAGACAAGAUAUUACACGGAUACUACAUGACGGCCAUCGAAGACAGAUUGUUAGUGGAAAGGCUCCUCAACACUUCACUAGUACCAUACACGUUACCGCCACAGAUCAGGAUGAAGAAAUUGUACUAUUUAAUGUCAAAUGUCGACGAUAAUGCGACGAAAGCGUUCAUAGAGCUGCAGAAGCAUCAGUUGGCUGUACGAAGGACGGUGGCGGAGUGGGUGGAGUUGCAUAGGAAGCCACCGACGCCGGCUGUUCAAAAGGAAAUGAUGACGAAAGUGUUGCAUAUAAGCUCCAAGUUUUUGCCGGAGUCGGUUAAGGCGCAGGAGUUUUUAAACCAAUUCUCGGAACAUAUGAAAAAGGCGCCGGAGUUACUGCAAGGAAUGGAGACGAUACUCAACCCGAAUGUUAGCUGUGAAGUCUGCGUGCGUACCACUUCCAGCGUGCUCAAAAAGCUCGGCCAGCCGGUGAUGACGAACAUAUACUACAACACGGUGAAGAUGCUUCUGGAGCGAGUCAGCUCCGUGAUGGUGGACCACGACUCGCUGCUGAUACUAGUUGGCUAUGUGGAGGGAGCUGUGCGAGGGACGGACACUUCUAUAGCCGAAGAGUGUGGCAUAGACAUAAAGAAGGCAGCGGAACGCGGGCUGAAGCUGCUCGUGAUGCUGUCGUUCGUGUUCCCCGCGCACUUCCUGCACGAGGACGUGCUCAACCGCCUCACGUCGCUGCUCGAGCUGGACGACGAGACGAUAGCGCCACAUAUAUUGGCCGCUCUCACUUUCCUCGGGAAAUAUAGGCCGUUGGGUGAAGCGUGCUCAUCGUUAUUCCCGAAAUUAAUUUCCCUGUGCAAGGCGUAUGCAGAAGUUGGUACCCCGAAACAGGCGAAAAAUGCAGUCAGAUGUUUAUUCGUCAACGUCCCGGAACAAAGGUCACAAAUAUUCACGGAAAUAUUAGAAACGCUGAAGUCGACGCUCAGUCCCCAAUCGGAACACUACAGGACAGCCAUAGUUACACUCGGUCACAUUGCACACAACCUGCCGGAUAAUUUCCCCGUUCAUAUUAAAAAUAUUGUGUCUAGAAAGAUAGUUAAAGAACUCUUAGUUCGCGAGGGUGGCGGUGGACCGAACGCCCCGGAUGGGGAGUGGUGCUCUGAAGAGGAUUUACCCGAAGAGACCCGUUGCAAGCUCGAGGGGCUCAAGUGCAUGGCCCGCUGGCUGCUCGGUCUGAAGAAGGAUGAGCUGUCUGCGCAGAAGACGUUCCGUAUGCUGAAUGCGUUUAUUGUGCACAAGGGAGAUCUGUUGCAGCAAAACCAAUUAUCGAAAGCGGAAAUGGCGCACCUGCGGCUGGCGGCGGGCGCGGCGAUGCUCAAGAUAUGCGAGCAGAAGGGCGUCGGCGACCAGUUCACGGCCGAGCAGUUCUACAAUCUGUCGCACCUUAUGGUUGACGACGUACCGCAAGUGAGGGAAGCCUUCGCUGCGAAACUUCACAAAGGAUUAUCAAAGGGCAUCCCGAACAAGUGCCUGCCGCUGGACUUCAUGGGCAUGUACGCGCUGGCCGGCCGCGAGCCCGAGCGGCGCGUGCGCGGCCUCGUGCGCCAGUACAUGCUCGCCGACGUGGUGCGCCGCCGCGAGUACGUGCGCAACAUCACCAUCGGCACCANNGUGGAGCGAGCGGUGAGCCAGCUGCCGCACAUAAUGCCGGACUACAUGCUCGUGUUCGCGGUGCCGGUGCUCACGCACGACCCGGCGUUCACGCACUACGAUAACGUCACACAACUUAAGAUGGUGAAACAAUGCUUGUGGUUCGUACUGGAGCCCCUGAUCACCAGAAAUGACUUCUACUGCUACGGGUUCUACAAGAGUCUCAUUGAGAAAAUGAAAUUGCAUAAGGACGCGCUCAACGAAACCGAUGAUUCUGUUAAUUUUAAAUUGUGGGCGACGUGCGACCUGGCGAUGUCGGUGAUCUGGGCGCGCUCCACCAGCUUCGAGCUGCGCGAGUUCCCGUCGGACGUGCGCAUACCGACCAUGUACUACGCGCCGCAGCCGGACUACUUCGCGAACACGAGGGUCUUCCUGCCGCCGGAGCUGCAGUUCCAACCAAAACGACAACAAACCACAGAGCCAUUGCCACGCGGCAAGAAGCGGCCGCGAGUCAUCGCCGACAAGGAGAAGGAGCAUAGCAACGAAUGCGAGCUUGUCAUUGGACGAUCUGGGAGUAUUGAUGCCAAGCCCUCCGAAGCGUCGGACACGCAGAUAAUAGUGCCGGGACUCGAACAACCGCCGGAGACGGAACUCGACGAGCCGCAAGCGAAGCGCAACAUGAGCGACUGAGCUCACACCGUGCGCGCGCGGG